CCUUAAAAGCGCUGAGUUGAACGUGAAAGUCAUCUUCAUCGUUUUGUGACCUUCAGCUUUGCAGAGGCAGUCAGCAUCACAGAGCCAAAGAUGAGUAAGCUGGAAAACGCCAUGGACAACCUGAUGGACGUCUUCAACUACUACGCCACCAGAGACGGCGACAAGUUCAGCCUGAGCCGCUCGGAGCUGAAGGGCCUGCUGCGUGGAGAGCUGUGCCACUACCUCGAGGCCAGCCGGGACCCCAGGAUGGUGGAUGAGAUCAUGUGUGACCUGGACAAGAACAUGGACGGCAAAGUGAAUUUUGAGGAGUUUGUUGGUCUCGUCACCCGGCUGACCGUGGCCAGCUGCGGGUAUUUUGACGGAUACACACCUCAAAUCUCCACCUGCGGUAACACACCUAAAAUCUCCACCUGCGGCUACAAAUAAAGUGCUGACUUGGACGCCUGCGACAUCAGCCACAGUUAUUAAAGUUCCAGUUGGCACAUUAUACAUUAUAUUAUGCAGUGAUCAAUAACUGCCAUUGACCUACUGUGAUUAAUAAAGAUUGU